AUAAACCAUGGGUGGGGUACUUGGUUUGAUACAGAUUGAUCAAUCAACAGUAGCCAUCAAGGAGACCUUCGGGAAGUUUGAUGCCAUCCUGCAACCUGGAUGCCACUGCUUGCCAUGGUGCCUAGGGCAGCAGAUUGCUGGAUACCUUUCUCUGCGUGUGCAACAGCUUGAUGUCCGAUGCGAAACAAAAACAAAGGAUAAUGUCUUUGUCAACGUUGUGGCAUCUGUGCAGUACCGUGCUCUUGCUGACAAGGCAUCUGAUGCCUUUUACAGGCUUAGCAACACCAGGGAGCAAAUCCAGUCCUAUGUCUUUGAUGUGAUCAGGGCUAGCGUUCCAAAGAUGAACUUGGAUGAUGUAUUUGAGCAGAAGAAUGAAAUAGCAAGGGCUGUGGAGGAUGAACUUGAAAAGGCAAUGUCUGCCUACGGGUACGAGAUUGUGCAAACUCUGAUUGUUGAUAUUGAACCAGAUGAACAUGUGAAGAGAGCCAUGAAUGAGAUCAAUGCAGCUGCUAGGAUGAGGCUGGCAGCCACUGAGAAAGCCGAGGCCGAAAAGAUUCUUCAAAUCAAGAGGGCUGAAGGUGAGGCAGAAUCGAAAUACUUGGCUGGUGUGGGUAUUGCAAGGCAGCGCCAGGCCAUAGUGGACGGGCUGAGAGACAGUGUUCUGGCCUUCUCUGAGAAUGUGCCUGGGACCUCUUCGAAGGAUGUCAUGGAUAUGGUUUUGGUGACGCAGUAUUUUGAUACGAUGAAGGACAUUGGGGCCUCUUCAAAGUCUUCAGCAGUGUUCAUCCCUCACGGACCUGGCGCUGUCAAAGACAUCGCUUCGCAGAUACGAGAUGGUCAGCUCCAGGGCAGGAUGGUUUGAGGAGUGUUGGAAAAUGGAUACCACUUUUAUAUGCAUACUUUAAGUACAUACAGCUUAUUCUUAUACUAUGUGUGAGGUGAGGUUGUGCCUAGAUGGAUGUUAAUAUCAGUACUUGCUUUGGUUGUGCCACCCGUUUCUGUAAAAAAUAUCAGUUGUGCUAUCACUGUGUUAGCAGCUAUUUGUGUAUUGAGAGUGUUAUAUGUUACUAUAUGGUUAUUAUACUAUAAUUUCUA